GAGAAAAAAAGUGUGCAACACAUUCUUGUAAGUGUUCGCAGCGCCAAUUCAACUUGUCCACCACACUGAGUGGACUUGUUUGACAUUUGUCAAGCUUGAAAACAGCCCAAAUGUGAGUUUAAUCUUUCAGUUUAAAAGUUAGAAAGUGUGGUAUCGCACGCGGCUGUCGGUAAAGUUGCCCGCGUGGUCUGCGUUAAUGAUACUUUGCAGCGCGAGGAGGAGCAGCAGACGUCACGCAGAGCGAGGAGGAACAGCAGACAUCCAGUAGGGCGAGGAGGAGCAGACCUCACAUCUGGCUGAGCGCUCGUGACUCAUCCCAGGACCUUUCGCCUCUCUUACAUCGGAAGAGUCCUAACAUCCCAGCCUGACCUUUAGCUGCUGUGGCUUCGGUCUUCUCAAAGUCUGACCUGAUUGGUUCCUGCACCUGUCAGUCCUGUGUGCAGCGGCUGACAUGGCGGAGUGUGUGCUGGUGAUUGGUGGAGGGGGGCGGGAACACGCCCUGGCCUGGAAACUUGCCCAGUCGCCCCACGUCAAGCAAGUGUUGGUUGCCCCCGGGAACGCAGGCACCGCUGACUGUGGCAAGAUCCGCAACUCUGAGGUCUCUGUCACCAACCACGCCAUCUUGGCCCAGUUCUGCAAGGAUCACAAUGUGGGUCUGGUGGUGGUUGGCCCCGAGGUCCCCCUGGCCGCAGGCAUGGUGGAUGACCUGACGGCUGCGGGCGUGGCCUGCUUCGGGCCCUCCGCCAGGGCCGCCCAGUUGGAGGCCAGCAAGAGCUUCUCCAAGGCUUUCAUGGACCGCCACGGCAUCCCCACGGCUCGCUGGGGCUCCUUCACGGACCCCCAGCUGGCCUGCGACUACAUCCGGACAGCUAGCUUUCCGGCGCUGGUGGUGAAGGCCAGCGGUCUGGCGGCGGGAAAGGGUGUGAUUGUGGCAGCCAAUCAGGACGAGGCCUGCGCGGCGGUGAAGGACAUUAUGAAGGAGAAAGCGUUCGGUUCGGCUGGAGAGACGGUGGUGGUGGAGGAACUUCUAGAGGGAGAGGAAGUUUCGUGUUUGUGCUUCAGCGACGGCUCCAGCGUGGCCCCCAUGCCGCCGGCACAGGACCACAAGCGGCUCCAAGAUGGCGACUUGGGCCCCAACACCGGGGGCAUGGGGGCCUACUGCCCCACACCACAGGUCAGCCAGGAGCUGCUGGAACAGAUCAAGGUGAAGGUGCUGCAGAAGACCAUCGACGGCAUGAAGGCAGAGGGAGCUCCGUACAUAGGCGUGCUCUAUGCUGGCCUCAUGCUCACCAAGGACGGCCUGAGGGUGCUGGAGUUCAACUGCCGCUUUGGAGACCCGGAAUGUCAGGUCCUAAUGCCCCUGCUGAAGGGUGACCUGUACGAGGUGCUGCUCCACACGCUGGACGGCACGCUCGCCUCCCACGCCCCCGUGUGGCACCAGGAAAGCUCUGCGGUCACCGUGGUGAUGGCCAGCGCCGGCUACCCAGGCACGUACGAGAAGGGUGUCCAGAUCACAGGGCUGUCCCAGGUGGAGGCGAUGGACGUGCAGGUUUUUCAUGCCGGCACAGCCCUAAAGGCCGGGGGCGUGACCUCCAGCGGGGGGCGUGUCCUCACCGUCACGGCCGUGCGGCCGUCCCUGGAGACGGCGCUGCAGGCGGCCAAUCAGGGCGUGGCGGCAGUGGUCUUCCCCGGCGCAGUGUACCGUCGCGAUAUCGGACACCACGCCAUCGCGUACCUCGGACAACGCAGGUGGCUGACCUACAAGGACAGUGGCGUGGACAUUGCUGCUGGGAACAGACUGGUGGACAUGAUAAAACCUCUGGCCAAAGCCACCGCCCGCGCUGGGUGCAACGCUGAGCUGGGCGGUUUCGCAGGCGUUUUUGACUUGAAGGCGGCCGGCUUCGUGGACCCGAUUCUGGUGUCCGGCACGGACGGCGUGGGCACGAAGCUGAAGGUCGCCCAGGCGUGCGGGAAGCACGACACCCUGGGCCAGGACCUGGUGGCCAUGUGCGUGAACGACGUCCUUGCCCAGGGGGCGGAGCCUUUGUUCUUCCUCGACUACUUCUCCUGCGGAAGCCUGGACGUUGGCGUGGCCUCGUCCAUCAUCGGGGGCGUGGCCGCCGCCUGUCGAUUGGCCGGGUGUGCUCUGCUGGGGGGUGAGACGGCAGAGAUGCCGGGCACCUACGGCCCCGGCGAGUACGACUUGGCUGGGUUCUGCGUUGGCGCUGCUGAGCGGGCGUCGCUGCUGCCCCGCCUGGCCGACAUCGCCGCCGGCGACGUCCUCCUGGGCGUGGCCUCCUCCGGCGUCCAUAGCAACGGCUUCAGCCUGGUGCGCCGGGUGAUGGGCCGUGCCGGGCUGGGCUACGGGGCAUCAGCACCCUUCGGAGAGCCGGGACGCACCCUGGGCGAGGUUUUGCUCACGCCCACAAAGAUAUACAGCCGCCUGCUCCUGCCCAUCCUGCGCAGUGGUGCGGUGAAGGCCUACGCCCACAUCACUGGGGGUGGGCUCUUGGAGAAUAUCCCCCGCGUUCUGCCCAAUGAGCUGGCAGUUGAUCUAGACGCGUCCCGCUGGUCCAUCCCCCCCGUGUUCUCCUGGCUCCAGGAGGCCGGUGACAUCAGCGACGAGGAGAUGGCCCGCACCUUCAACUGCGGCCUGGGCGCCGUGCUGGUGGUGGCAACCGCCGACGCCCAGGGGGUCCUGCUUCAGCUGCAAGCCCAGGAGGAGGCCUGGGUCGUGGGGUCGCUGGCCCACAAGCAGCCCGGGACGGAGCCUGUGGUAGUGCGUAACCUGAAGCAGAGCCUCCGCGCCGCAGGCCCCUCAGUUGACGUUGCGGCAGUCCAGGGCGAAGGUUGCCCUGACAACGGUGGAGGCAGUUGCCACGGCGACGCCGCCGGCGAACCGCGCAAAAGGACGAGGGUGGCCGUCCUUAUCUCUGGCACGGGUACGAAUCUGCAGGCGCUGAUCGAGCAGGCCAAGCUGCCCUCCAGCUCGGCCGAGAUCGUGCUGGUCAUCUCCAACAGGCCCGGCGUGCUGGGGCUAAAGAGGGCGACGCUCGCCGGCAUUCAAGCUAGGGUGGUGGACCACAAGCUGUACGGCAGCCGGGCGGAGUUUGACGCCACCAUCGACCGCGUGCUGGAGGAGUUUCAGGUGGAGGCGGUGUGUCUGGCGGGCUUCAUGAGGAUCCUCACCGGGCCCUUCGUCAAGAAAUGGAACGGCAAACUCCUGAACAUCCACCCGUCCCUGCUGCCGUCCUUCAAGGGCGUCAACGCCCAGAACCAGGCCCUGCAGGCGGGGGCGCGGAUCAGCGGCUGCACGGUGCACUUUGUGGCCGAGGAGGUGGACUCCGGCGCCAUCAUCGCACAGGAGGCGGUGCCGGUGGAGGCGUCGGACACAGAGGAGACCCUAUCCGAGCGGAUCCGCCAGGCGGAGCACAAGGCCUUCCCCAUCGCCAUGGAGCUGGUGGCCAGCGGGGCCGUCUGCCUCGGCCCAGAUGGACGCAUCGUCUGGAAGCACAGCCCGCGCAACUAGCCCCAUUAAAACGGAAACAAAAAAAGCUAAAUUUUGUUAAAUGAAAAAACAUGUUUGCUAAACUGCUUUAUGAGAUGUUAUUGGUGGUAUUCCACUGCUUGGGUGAAUUAUUCAAAUGUUACACAAUUAAAUGUUCCCAAAUAUGAAUCAA